AGAGAGAAAGGGAAGAUAAAACAAACAGAUAAAAAAAUAAUGAGAUAAACUGAUUUGGAAAGACAGAAGCGAGAAAACAAACAAACAAACAAACAAACAAUACUUAAAAUACGAAAAAAAUAAAGUUGAAAAAAAAAGGAAAAGCAGAGAACGUGUGUGCGUGCGUGUGUGUGUGUGUGUGUGUGUUAUUGUGUUUGUGCGUUCGUGUGUGUGUUUUAAAUCUACAUUAAAAAAACACAAAUUAAAGCACAUCGUUCUUGUUUGUGUGUUCGUUCGUUUGUGCGUGUGUGUGUUUGUGUGUUUGUGAAGAACGGGAAAAAAAUAUCUUUGACAAACAAGUAUAAAAAAAACACAGACGAGAAAUAAACAAAUAAACAAAUAAACAAGAAAACAGAUUAAUACGAAAAAAGUAAUCAAAACAAACCAAGUAGACAAAUAAAACAAGGAAUAGAAAACAAAAAGAAAAUAUAAGAAAACAAAAGCAACAAUAAUCAAAACAAACAAGACAAAUAUAUAAGAAAAUAAACAAAAAACGAAGAUAAAAAAACAAGGAAGACAAAAUAUUAGAAGAAAACAACAAAUAAAAACAAACAAGACAAACAAAAUAAUCAAAACAAACAAGAAAAUAACAAAAAAAAGAUAAUUAAACAAGGAAAACAAAAUAUUACAAGAAAACAACAAACAAGACAAACAAAAUAAUCAAAACAAACAAGAAAAUAACAAAAAACAACGAUAAUUAAACAAGGAAGACAAAAUAUUAGAAGAAAACAACAAACAAGACAAACAAUAACCAAAACAAACAAGAAAACAAACAUGAAGAGCAAGAAAGAAGAAUUAGAAGGAAGAGAAACAUAAAUCUUCCUCCUUCUCUUCUUUUCCUCCUCCUUUCCUUCCUUCUUUUCUCUCCUUCCUUCCUUCCAUCCUUCCCUCCAUUCCUCUUCCUAUCUUCCUCUUCUUCUUCUUUACACCCCUUCCAUUUUUUUUAUUAAUUUCUCUCCUUCAUCCAUUCCUCUCUUCCUCCUUUCCUCUUUCUUCUCUCCUCCUCCUCCUCCUCCUCCUCCUCUUCGAUAUUUUUUUCGUCCAAGAUGGAGUUUGUUAAAGGACAUCACCACCACCACCACCACCACGGCAGCCUCCUCGCCCUCCUCGGCCUCCUCCUCCUCUCCCUCUCCCUCGUCGCCUCCGGGCCCCUGAACAGCAUGAACGGCGAUCUUUGCGGGACGAUGGACGGCCGCAAGUUCUAUCUGGAGGCUGACACACAAGCAAAGGUCACCGCUAUCAACGUCACUUUGCCCCUCUACCCCCGCCUCGCCGCCCCCUCCGCCCCCGUCAAAUUAGCACCCCUACCUUUCAAUCUCCUCCCCCAGCACUAUUAUAGAGAGGCGAACACGAACACAAUAAAAUCCACGGAUCCCUUCACCCACAAGAACCAAACCCAACCCCCAACCAUCGCAACCACCACCACCACCACUACCACCACCACCACCGCCUCCGCCCCAGCCCCGGCCACCCCCCCCUCCCCCACCCAUCCCGGCGCGGCCCAGGAGGAGGAGGAGGGGGAGGGGGUGGGCGUGGCCUCCCUCAGCGAGCCGUUUAGGUGUAGCACAGAGUUCCGCACGUGCCCGGAGUGUCACCUGGAGUUCACCUUCUCAGCGGUCAACCUCCCCUCCUGCUCCCAAGACAAGUCCUGCAGGUGUGACUACCUGCGGGUGCGGGAGCCCCCGUACACGGGUGGGAGCGGCGGGCGGGACAUCUGCUCCACGGGCGGUCCCGCGCCCCCCGCCUUCGCCACCCAGACCCGCGAGGUGACGCUGGACUUCCUCUACGCCAGCAGGCACGCCCACGCCUUCACGCUCACCGUCACCGCCAGGCGCAACCAGUACCACAUCACAGGCCAGGCCAACGUGACCCAGGGCUAUAUCAGCUCGCCCUUCUUCCCGGAGCUGUACCCCAAGACCCACUGGAUGGAGUACAGGCUCCAGGCAAACAGCGACGACACGCGCAUCAAGCUAAACUUCGUGGACUUCCUUCUCUCGCCGUGGAGUUACGUGGAGGUAGAGGACACGAACAAGACCCGCGUAGGUGUGUUCAGCGGGAGUGUCUUCCGCCCGCCUGUGUUGGUGAGCUCCGGCCCGCAUAUCACGGUCAGGUUCAGCGGGAAUGGCGAGACGGCGCGUGGCUUCAACUUGCGGUACUCCUUCGUUACGGCAGGUUCUCUACAAAGCUUAGCGGCAAGCACAGACUGCGGCGGGUUCGUCACCAACUUCGGGGGGACGAUAACGAUGAUGAACAUGGCGUCAGGCAAGAGGAACUUCACCGUCUACGAUUGCGUAUGGCUCUUCCAACCCCCGAGGAAUUACGCCUUCAAAUCCCACUUGUCCAUACGCCUCGUGCAGUUCCAAGACGUGGUGCCCGGCUCGUCCGUGGAGGUGCGCCAGGGACUCACAAGCCGCGAUUACCAGGUGGAGGAGGUGCUGGGGGGCGCGGGGGGGCGGCGGGGGGAGGAGCACUUGGCGGCGGCGGACACAGGGUUCUAUGUUCGCCUCCGCGGGGGAUUCACGGAGAAAUCCAAGAUGGCGCUCGUCUACACCUCCUUCAGCUACCUGGGCAACUGCUACCCCGUGACGGAUUUCCUUUGCCACAACCAUCGCUGUAUACCCAAGAUGCUACGAUGUGACGGCUUCGACCACUGCGGGGACGGGAGUGACGAGCCUGCCUCUUGCUAUGUGGGGCCAGGGAACAAGUCUCUCACCCCCGAGGACGCUGCUUGGUGGUAUCAGAACACCCCCAAUUACUAUUUCCCGCAAAAGGACAAUAUUAUGCUUAGCGACCCACAUGGCUGGUCUAGUCUGCUGCUGUUUCUGACGCUGCUAGCCCUGGUCCUCAUCAUGUUCGGCCUGCUGUCCUACAUGUUCCGCGCGGGGGUGCAGGCCGGGGGGGGCGGCAACGGAGGGGGCGAGCGGGGGGCAGGACACCGGGACAGGAGAGGGGUCAACAGCAGCAGGAAUGCCUCCCUCUCUGACGGCGUUGAGAUUUUUGACGCCGCCGCCGACGACCCGCCGCUGUACGAGCCGCCCCCAGACUACGAGGAGGUGGUCAAGCUCAUCCUCUCGGGGAACAACCUCAAGCUGGUGCGUCGGCCCGGCGGCGUGACGGCCUGGGUGCCGGACAAGAGCGUGGAGGGCGUGGGCGGUAUGGGCGGCGGCGCGGAGCACACCACGCCCACGGGCAGGCCGCAGCGAACCCGCCACGCCUCGUUGGACCUGGAGCGCGGCGUGGAGGUGGUGCUGUGGGACGCCAACGGCUACCCCCGCCCCCCCAGGCGCGGCGCCCCUGAAGCCUCAGGCGCCUUCACCGCCACCACUGCUGCCGCCGCCACCGCCUCCACCGCCGCCUCCGCUGGCCGGCCCCGCAUGGCGUCCUUCGCCAUUCCCGGCCACGUGCGGCGCUCCUCGCUGCCCGCAGCGCCGCUGCCGGAGAUCGUGCGCGCCCACGUUCAGGGUCACGGGGUCAGCAUGGCCCCGGAGACCAUCACAGAGGCCCCCGAAGGCCUUGACUCUCCCAUGCCGGGGCGCAGCGCAACCCCGGCGCGCGUGGCGGCGCUGCGCGGCAUCCAGCCCGCCGUCAGCUCCCCGACGCUGUCCGUCCGAUCCUUCGCCGAGGACUCAUCGGCGCCGUCCACGCCGGGGCGCGGCACCCCCGGCCCCCGCAGGGCCUCACGCAGUGGGGCGGGGCGUGCCAGCCGCAUGAACAAGCGGGGCCGCCGCCGCAAGAGCCACACGCCGCGGCCGCGGGAUGGGACGCGCCGCGGCUCUCGGGACGACGACGCCGCGCCGCCCUCCUACGAGGACGCCAUGCAGGCCAGCCGCGGCCCCACGCCCGCCCUCGCCGCCACGCCCACGCCCGCCCCUGACUCCAUCCCCGGCCCCUCGACCUCCACAGCGACCGCUGACAACCCAUCCGCCCCCGCCGCCCCCGCCGCCAGCCUGGUGAGCGAGAGCACGCAGACCAGCCUGGACCAGGACGACGCGGCGCCCACCGAGCGCCUGCGCGCCGCGCGGGAACUCUUCCGCCGCAUGGCGCGGGAGGACGAGGGCGUGGCAAUCGCGGAGUCCCCCGUGCCCCGCCCCGCCUCGGCCCCCGCCCACGCCCCGGCAGCCCCAACCGCCCCCGCCCCCGCGCCGCGCCCCUCUGUGCGCGCCCCCGCCCGCCGCAGCCUGCCGCCGCACCACAGCGGCACCAUCUCCCGCGGCACCGUCAAGGCGCGCACCGCCAUGCUGCUUCGGGCGCGUGCCGCCGCCGCCGCCGCCGGCCCCGCGGGGGAGUGUGGCUGCAGCGGCGCGUGCUCCUGCGCGCACUUCCGGGAGAACAGCGUGCGGCGCGGCGAGGCCGUGAGCUCCCGCGUCAGCUACUACCUGGCGGUGCAGGAGGCGGCCAGCCCCGAGGGUGCCCCACCCCGCCCCGUACCCGGCCCCAAGAAGCGGCGCCUCGCCAGGAACAGGUGCCCCCUGCCCGGCCCCGACCAGCCAGACCCGCACCACAGCCCUCACCCCUGCUCCCAGCCCAGCCCCCAGCCCAACCCCGAGCCCAGCCCCCAGCCCAGCUCCCGCCCCAGCCCUCAGCCCCAACCCCGCCAGCAAGCGGCGCCCCUCUCCCCGGAGCCAAGUGAGGAUGAUCAGGAGCAGCCCCAGCCCAGGGCCAGCCCCGUGGAGGACCCGCGGGGCGUGCUGCCCAGCAUCAGGAACAGAGUCCUGCAAUACGACGACCUGACCCGCAGCACCGCCCCGCCCCCCCCGCCCCAUGCCAGCCCCGGCACCCCCAGCCCCGGCCGGCACCCUGCCACGCCCCUCUCCGCCUCGCCCAGCCCCGCCACCCCUCCGCCCGUGGUGCUGGACAGCCCCGUGCGCCCCGGCCUGGUGCGAGACGCGCGCUGCAAGAUCCUGACGGCGCUGCGGCAGGAGGCGGAGGCCCCGCGCGUGCCCUACGUCCGCCUGAUGAGCGAGGAGGGGGAGGCGCCCCUCUCGCCGCCCCCCCUCAGGGAGGACGAGGCCAAGAGCCUCGAGCAGUGGGACUCCUACCUCACGGGGCGCCCCGCCGCCCAGCCUCAGGGGCCGCCGCCCCCGCCCCAGCCCCGCCCCAGGGACGGUCUCAGGCUGAAGCUGAACAACAAAUGCCGCCCCGGCACGUCGGGUCAGGCACCCCGGCGGCCGCGGCGGGAGGAGAGGAGGGAGGAGGUGAAAGGAGAGGAGGAGGAGGAGGAGGAGGAGGAGGGAGAUAAGAUGAACGAUGCGGAGGACGACAAGAAGGAGAACGAUGACGCCGGGGCUGCUGCUGCUGCUGCUGAUGAUGAUGAUGAUUAUGAUGAUGAUGAUGAGGAGGAGGAGGAGGAGGAGGAGGAGGAGCAGGAGGAGGAGGAUGAACAGCGUGGCGGCGGUGAAGACGGUGACGAGGACGCUUCAGGUGACGACGAGGACGACGACGUGUUGAUGCAGGUGACCACCCUGGACGGGUCGUUCCGGGGGGAGUCGCCCCCCACCUCCCCCGAGCCCUGGCCCCCCCGCCUCGACGACACCCUCAACGAGACGCUGCCCUCCGACGACGACGACCACGCGACCCCCGCCCCCCGCGCCGCCCCGCCCCGCGUCAAGGUGCCCGUGCCCAGCCCCCGCGGCUCCAAGAUGAUGCCCCGCCCCGCCCCGCCGCCGCUCCGCCCCGGACACCUCAGCCCCGAGAUGGUCAACUCCGGCAUCCUGCCACCCCCGGAGGGUCGCCAGCCCCGCUGGGACUACAUCUGAGCCCCCCCCCAGGCACCCCGCCCCGUCCAACCCCGUCAGACAGCGUCCAGCCCCGUCCAGCCCCGACAGGCACCUCAGCCCGAGCCUGAGGCGCCCACACCGAAUGCUGUGCCAGUAACUGCUACUACUAC